AUGGCAGAAGGUCUUUUGCAACAACCAAGGAGCGGAAGCACUUUAGAAGAAGUUGGUUAUGAAUAUUUCAAUGAUUUAGCUUCAAGAUCAUUUUUUCAGCCUUCUAAUAUUGCUUACAAAAAUUCAUUUGUGAUGCACGACCUCAUGCAUGAUUUGGCGACAUUCUAUGGUGGAAAGUUCUAUUUUAGAACCUUUGAACUCAAAAAUUUACUCAAGCAUGAUACUAAAACUCGUCAUUUGUCAUAUGUUCUUUGCAAUGAUUCAGUCUCAAAGAUCGUGGAAAAGCUGCUUCAAAAGCUGGAGACCAUUUUGAAUGUGGUUGAAGCUGUGCUGAAUGAUGCUGAGAAGAAACAGAUUUCUAACCCUGCUGUCAAGAGGUGGCUUGAAAAUCUCCAAGAUGCUGUCUAUGAUGCUGAUGACUUGCUGGACGAAAUCGCCUCCAAAGCUGCCACUCGGAAGGAUCCACCACCAGGUAACUUCCUGUCUCGCUUUCUCAAUUUGCAAGAUAGGGAGAUGGUUACUAGAAUUGAAGAAAUCAUUGCUAGACUACAAGAUAUUGCAAGUCAUAAAGAUAUCCUUGGUCUAGAAAAGAUUUCAGUGAAGAACAUGUCAGGGAGAAUUGAAUCAACAUCUCUUGUUCAAAAGUCUGAUGUAUUUGUUGGUAGGGACCAAGAGAGGGAGGAUAUAGUCAAUUUGUUGUUGGAUGAUAGUAAUGAUGGUAAACUAUCUGUGAUCCCCAUUUGGGGCAUGGGUGGGAUUGGAAAAACUACUUUGGUUCAAUGGGUUUUUAAUGAUGACAGAGUGCAGCAAAAAUUUGAUGUUAAAACAUGGGUUUGUGUUGGAGAAGAAUUUGAUGUUCUUAAGGUGACUAAAACUGUGGUAGAGAAAGCAACUUCUGGUCCUUGUAACUUGAAUGAUUUAGAUUCAGUUCAGCUUUGGUUGAAGAAUGAGCUAGCAGGGAAGAGUUUCUUGGUUGUUUUGGAUGACAUGUGGAGUAACAAUUAUAUGGCUUGGAAAAAGUUGCUAACUCCUUUUCAAUGUGGAACUGAGGCAGGGAAGCAUGGAGGUAAGAUUCUUGUGACAACUCGUAACGAAAAGAUUGCAAAUAUGGUCAAAAGUCAUGACCAUCAAGCCCACAAUUUGAGUGUGUUGAAUGAUGAAGAUUGUUGGUCAUUGUUUGCAAAUCUCGCCUUGCUUUCUAAAGACCGUUUAGGUUUUGAAAAAGUUGGGAGAGAAAUCGUUAAAAAGUGUAAAGGAUUACCUCUGGCUGUUCAAACACUUGGGAGCUUACUAAGUACCAAAGAUGAUGAAAGGGAUUGGAAUGAUAUUUUGAACAAUGAAAUUUGGGAUUUUUCUGAAGAGGAAAGUGAGAUUCUUCCUGCGUUGAGGAUCAGUUAUUACCACCUUCCUUCGUACUUAAAACGUUGUUUUGUUUAUUGUUCUUUGUAUCCCAAGGACUAUGAGUUUGAAAGAGAUGAAUUGAUGUUAUUGUGGAUGGCAGAAGGUCUUUUGCAACAACCAAGGAGCGGAAGCACUUUAGAAGAAGUUGGUUAUGAAUAUUUCAAUGAUUUAGCUUCAAGAUCAUUUUUUCAACCUUCUAAUAUUGCUCAUAAAAAUUCAUUUGUGAUGCACGACCUCAUGCAUGAUUUGGCGACAUUCUAUGGUGGAAAGUUUUAUUUUAGAACCUUCGAACUCAAAAAUGUACUCAAGCAUUAUGCCAAAACUCGUCAUUUGUCAUAUGCUCUUUGCAGCAAUGAUUCAAUCUCAAAGAUUGUGGAAGUAUGUGAUAGUUUAAAGCAUGCAAGGACAUUGCUGAAAAUCAAUUUGGGUAUAUAUCAUGGAUUCUCAAAGGGAAUAAUCGAUCCUUGUCACCUUCUAGAACAAAUGAAGUGCUUACGAGUUUUGUCAUUUAAAUCCCUCUCCCGUGAGGAAGACUUGUUGCACGAUUCGAUUGGUGAAUUGAUUCAUUUGCGUUAUUUAGAUCUUUCUAACACAUUUGUCGUAACAUUGCCCGAGUCACUGUGUAAUUUGUACAAUUUACAAACUUUGAAGUUGAGAAACUGUAAGAACCUUAAAAAGCUUCCCUCCAAGAUGCAAAAUCUUGUGAAUUUGCGUCAUCUUGAUAUCGAAGACACUGAACUGGAAGAGAUGCCAAAAGGUAUGGGAAAAUUAAAAGACUUGCAGACUCUGAGUUUCUAUAUUGUUGGCAAGCAUGAAGAGAAUGGGGCUGGGGACUUGGGAGAACUUGUAAAUCUUGGAGGGUCAUUUCGGAUUGAGAAGAUAGAGAAUGUGGUGAACAGCAGUGAAGCUUGGAAGGCAAGGAUGGUUGAUAAGAAAUAUAUCAGUUAUUUAUGUUUGAAGUGGUCAGCGGGUGAAGAUAGUGAUAUGGUUGAUUCCCAAAUGGAGAAAGAUGUACUUGCCAAAUUAGAACCUCACAAAGACCUGAAGAAACUAAGAAUCAUGGGUUACAGGGGUACCAUGUUUCCAGAUUGGGUAGGGCAGUCUUUGUACCACAAGAUGACUGUAUUGGAGCUGAGUGGAUGCGGGAAUUGUUGGGUGCUUCCUUCACUUGGACAGUUGCCCUCUCUAGAGACCCUGUUAAUUUCGAACUUGGACAUGGUGAAGAGGAUUGGUGGUGAAUUCUACAAGGAUGAUGGAAGUGAUCAUCAUCAGGAGACACCUUUCCGAUCCCUUAAAACUCUUGAUAUUUCAAGAAUGCCAUGCUGGGAGGAAUGGGAGUCGUAUGAAUGUGAUGACGAUGAUGCACCAUUUCCUCAACUUAAGGUGCUCAUGAUAAAGAAGUGUCCUAAGUUGAGAGGAGAUUUGCCCACUUUCCUUCCAUCUUUGAAGGCACUCUGGAUUUUUGGAUGCAAGCAGCUUGGUUGUUAUCUGCCAAGAGCUCCCAUCAUACGCAAAUUAAGAAUAUUUGGCAAACAAGAAGCAAGAAUGCGGGACAUAGCACUUUCCACGUUGGAACAAGUUUCAAUUAAUGGAGAGCAACAGGUGGAAUACGUGUUCAAUGCCAUGACCCACACUCAACCAACCUCUCUCACAUGGCUACAAAUCUCAAACUGCUCAUCAGCCAUAUCAUUUCCAGGGGAUUCUUUGCCCCCUUCAUUGCAACAUCUGUCCAUCAAGAAUUGCAUGAAUGUAAAAUUCCCAAUGCAACAUCAACAACAUCACUCGCUACAGAGUUUAGAAAUAGACAACAGCUGCGAUUCGCUGACAUCGUUCGCAUUGCUAGCGUUCCCAAAUCUCAAAUAUCUGACAAUCCAAAGACGUGAAAAUUUGACCUCUCUGGAGGUGUCACAGUCCUUCCCACAAUUAUCAAUUUCAGGCUGCUCCAAGCUGGAGAACAUAAGGCUUCCUGUCUCUUUAAGUCAACUCAUCAUCAAUAAAUGUCCGUUAUUGGAGGAACGCAUACAGAAGAAGUACCCCCACAUUUGGCCAACCAUUUCCCACAUCCCAUACAUUUAUGUUAAUGGGAAACGGAUUCGCAAUGACUCAACAUCUUAAAACAGGGACAUCCAAUGAUUCUUCUGGGACUCGUGAAUUUGUUGCAUUGGGGUGCUGCACCUCCAUUCUUAAAUUAUUUGCUGGUAAGUGCAUGGACAAGGAGCUAUGCAUAUAGUUGAACUUUCUUGUCAAAACUUCAAGCAGGACUACUCUUAAGAGGUAUAAUCCUAUGAUUCAUAACAUUUCUUAUACAAUAUACCUUCUCAUACAUCUGUUUCAUAACCAUUGUGAAUAAGGAUUCUGCUUUUGCUACAUCCAAGUAUGUACACCCAUCACAUGCUCAUGGUGUGGCCUCUUUUAGUGGCAUCAUAAACAACAUGGACAAACUUGGUAAUUUGGAGCAUGUAAUGUUGAAAGCUACGCUGAGUGGCUGAUAUGAUGAUCUCAAAACAAUGUUGCUCAACUCAAGGAAGAAAUGAAUUCUGAGGCAUGUCUUUGACAAGAAAACAUAUUGGAUCAAGUUGUAGUAAGCACCAUUUGGAGAGCAAAGGAACCUGGCCAAGAAAGAUUUCACGAGGUGCGGUCUCUGCAUCAAUGCCAAAGCAGAAUUCAUGGAAGACAUCAUUCUCGUACAAAAUCAAAGGAAGAAAUGGAUGAUGUGGAACAGAAUUUCACAAAGACAGAUAGACCAAUCAAUAUGCAACAAGAACACCUUCAAUUAUCUUCUUUUCUCUUAAGAGUUUUCAUGCUUCAUCAUUUCAUUAUAUUUAAGGAUAGUUGAUAUAUGGAAUAAUGAAAGACUAAACUACAUUGUGGAGCCAAGUUAAUUCAUUUGAUGAACUUAUUGGUUAGCUCAUUAGUUCGUUUAAGUAAUUGUCAGAGUUCAGACCCGACCUUAUGUAUGCAACAAUCCUUCAAUAUAACUCAAUUCUAUGAUGGAUUAGUCA